AUGGAAGAUCUGGUGCAUUAUGAGAUUCCUGUAGCGUCGUCUUCUUUCCUCGAAACGUCGGUCAUCCAGCUGGUUAACCGAAAUAUGUAUGGAAUUUUGAUUGUUGGUUGUAGCCGAAUUGGGUCAGUUACCGAAAAGAAUUAUCAUGUAUGGAAUUUUGAUUUGGGUUGUAGCCAAAUUGGGUUUAGGGCGGGAUGCCGAAAGGAAUACUGUGCCCCUGAUGAUUGGUGGGAGAAGAAAAUAGUGGAAGUUCCAGGCUAUGAGAAAUUUAGAGAAAGAGGGCUUCAAUUUCGGGCUGAAUUGACUCAACUCUUUGGGUCUGUAGCUGCGACUGGACCACAGUCAUGGGCACCUUCUUCCAUGACACUUCCAAGCGAAGGAGUUCCUGAAAAUGAUAUGGAAGAAGGAUCUGGAGAUAGUGAUGAAAUUUUGGGGGCACCAACUGGCAUAAGCGGGGAGUUUAAUUCAGUCACAUUCAAUGACAAUAGUGGAGGAAGUGGAGGCAACACUGGAAUGAGACAGGAAACCAUUCGUGGGGGUAGAAGCACAGGUGGCAGUCGACCUAGUAGCUCAUUAGGAGUUAGAAAAAAGGGUGAAUCCAUGAAGAAGAAAUCUACUACCACUAUGAAAAUAGCGGAUGCACUAAGCAGGAUAGCUCAGGCAAAUGAAAAUGAUUCUCAGCGUGAACAUGAAGAGAUUUCAGAAGCACGUGCUAGGAAGCUAGAAGAAGAAGCACGUGCUUAUGAGACGUCAAUUGCGGGAGUCAUGGAGCACCUUAAUGAAGUUGAUGAAAUUGUUGAUGAUCCUGAUCUGUUUGGCCGGUGCACAACACUUCUUAUGGAUAAGCCAGCUGCAAGGGAGAUGUAUGUGGCUCUAAAGAACAAGAGGAAAAAACUACUGAUCUUCUUGAAGCAUGCAACUAAGGAUUGA